AUGAUUUUUAAAGGUGGAAGUCGAUGCUAUAGCUGCAUGUCGCGAUAUUACGGUGUCACCUGGCAGUUUGCCGGCUAUUCAAGGAUAUAUGUAGAGCCAAGGGCAUUCACGGACUCCUGCCGGAAUCCAAUGACUCGAGGAGCUGAUGUACCGUUCGCGUACUGCGGAGACGAGUCAAAUUGUAUUACUAUGGUAGAAGACUUGAAAAUAGAAGUAUGGGCUGACACACAUUAUCUUGAGAGGUAG